GUCAAGGGUAUAAAACCACUGUUAUAAAACGUUCCGUGGUGGUUGUGUACGUAUUUUUCGAAGAAUGUCAAAUUUAAGUCAGAAAUUAUUUGGUGUUAUAGUCUGUGACAGCCAGGCUAAAUGGGGAGGAUCAGAAGGCAUUGCCAAACGAGUGGAAGAUGUAUUUGGGACGAAAGAAGGGCGAUGGAAAACGUUUGUGGCUGAGCAAGGUCAGUUUCCUACUGAAGAGGAAUUGAAAACAUUUCAUGGGUUUUAUAUCACUGGCAGUAAGCACUCUGUCAACGAUGAUACACAAGCAUGGAUCAAACAACUGGAAUUAUUUAUACAACGAGCACAUGCCUUGAAAAAGCCUAAAGUAUAUGGCACAUGUUUUGGUCAUCAAGCUAUAUCAAAAGCACUUGGUGGGAAAGUCGGCAAGAAUCCUAGCAAACGUUUUGUCUGCCACAACGAGACAAUUGUGCUAUGUGAAGCUGAGAAUGAUUCAAGGUUCCUAAACGACUUGAAAAAAAUCAGCGAGAAGAAACCGUUUCGUAUACUUCAAUCCCACGGGGAAUGUGUCGAAGAAUUACCAGCUAAUGCGAAAAAUGUGGCAAGUUCUGAGUCAUGUAAACAUGAAAUUGUAUUGUAUAGUGAUAAUAUUAUAGGAGCUCAGUCACAUGCCGAUUUCUUUGUAGAAGAUCUCUUAGAUGUAAUUUUACCCUCGUUAUUGGAGAGGAAAGUCAUAACACAAGGAGAGUUUGAUCACGCUCGUGAUUCAUUUAAGCAACCUAUAGCUUGUUCAGAUAUGGCCGUCGCUGUUCGUGACUUUUUGAACUCUUAAAUAAACUGAUAGAAUUUAAUGAUUGGGAACUAUGACUGUAAUGAUGAUGGAUAUAUUAGAACACAAUUUAGCUUUCCAAAUGUGCUGAUCCAAGUUAUAGAGUGAAAUGGGACUUUUUAUUUAUAUUGUAUUUUAAAUAUUGUAAUCGGAAUUAGAUGAUCUAGAACUUCCUGCCACUCUCUGCAGAGUAUAUUUAUUAUGGUUUAAAAUAUAUUAUGUGGUAACAUACAUAUAGUAGAAGUGUUGUGCCCCAAUGGACCCUGCGUCACUAUUUUACACUGGGAGAGUGGUGGUGCUCAAUGGGUUAUAUAAUUAAUCACAUCUGCCCAUGUGUACAGUUAAUCCAUUAAGUAGGACGUGUCAAACAACCUUUGUUAAUUUAUAUGCACUUCAUUGUUUGUUAGUAACAAUUUACAGAACAAAGCAGGAAAGUUAAGUUUACAGCUAUCUCAAGUUUUGCUACAACAACCAUUAAAGGUGAUCUACAGUCCGUAUGUAAACAAAGCCUUUGUUUACAUUUUUGUGUCCAAAAUAUUGAGCUUUAUUCGACAACUAUUUAUAUUUUCAAGCUUCUA